CAUUCACUGAGAGUAUUUCCAUAGUAGACACAGUGUGGCGAGGACGUGCGCGAUAGAUUGUCGUCCGUUGCCUUUGUCACACACUUACGAGAAUAAUAAUAAUCAUAAAAAUCGCAUAAAAUAGUUUACUAUAAAUUAAAAACAAUUGCUAGUUUGUAAUAUUAAAGUUCAAUAUCUUCGUGAAAAUUAAGUUUUUUUUUCGGUUGAGAAUUACUAUUUUUCGGCUUGAAAAUGGAUGAGGCCUAUGCUCAUAUGAAUAGUGAUGGGAAAACAAGUAAGAGAGGCCUGGUGCCCCCCGACGGGGGAUGGGGCUAUGUUGUCGGCAUUGGCGUUGGAUUCACCUUCAUGUUGGGUUUUGGGUCAUCCAAUGCUUUUGGUAUACUGUUCCACAACUUUUUCUUGGAGCAAGGCGGUGGCAGCGGCCUGCCCCUAGUCAUAGGCGUAUACAACGGAGCUCUAUCAAUAUCUGGUUUUCUGGGUGGGAUUGCGUUAAAGCGGUACUCGUUUAGACAAGUGGGGUUAGUAGGAGCUGGUCUCUUCGUUCUCGGCGAUGCACUCACAAUCUUCGUUCAUAAAACUUACCAAUUGGUCUUCACAUUUGGAGUCAUUAGAGGGGCUGGCUUCGGUGUGAUGAUUCCAGUCAGUUUCACCGCUUUCAACUGUUAUUUCACAAAGAAGAGGACAGCAAUGAUGAGCGCUAACCAGGCUAUGAGUAGUUUGGCUUCCAUCACGUUCCCAAUGCUUGUGACGUUCUUACUAACGGAGUAUGGGCUGAGAUGGACGUUAGCUCUUAUUAUGGCAGUAGAUCUGCACUUGGUCUUUGCUAUGCUGGUCAUGCAUCCCGUUGAGUGGCAUUUGAUUGAAUCUAAUGAGCCUGUCGAAAAAGAGUUAACCGAUUUAAACGAUAUGAAAAAUAAGCCUGCAGAGAAUUACGACGAGUUCUCAGUAAGGAUGUUACCAGCUGGUGAAGAAGAUGACGAAAUAAAAAGUGUGAGAAGAAGAAAGAAGGAGUCCUUUAGAAUGAAUAUAGUAAAGAUGGUGUGUGAAAACGUCGAAUUUGAUUUACUGAAGGACCCCAAGUUCGUCAGCACUUUAAUUGGUCUUGGAUUUGCCUUCGUUUCUGACGUGACGUAUCUAGCAAUGGAACCCAUGCUUUUGUUUUCUUAUGGAUUCUCUAAGAUGGAAGUGGCCACCUGCGUGAUGGUGGGUGCGAUAUCAGACUUGGCAGCUAGAUUAUCGUUGGCUGUCUUCACCUUAUUCUUCCCUGUCGACAGUCGACUAAUCUUCUUUGUAGGAACGUGCAUCACUGUGGUACUGCGUAUCGCGUUGGUGAGUUCUAACGCCCUUUGGUUCGUCUUUGUUAUGACGGCCAUAUCUGGGCUGGUGAGGUGUUCCGUCCAGGUCCUGUUUCCUCUGGUGUUGGCAUCAGCAGCACCGGAUCGGUUCCCAGCAGCUCUUGCAUUACACAUACUGUUCUCUGGAACACUUAUGUUGCUAGCUGAUCCUAUUAUCGGUAUCGUAUAUGAAGUAACGGGCAGUUACGUUUACUGCUUCUUCGCGAUGAGCUUCUGCUGUUUAGUGUGUGUCGUGCUCUGGACUAUUGAAUACAUAGUAUACCGUAAAGGCACAACUAGAUCGUAAGAUGAACAAUCAGUAUUAAUAGAGAGAUUAACCAAUUAUAAAAACGUUGGACUGUGUAUGUUUAAAUUGUACUGUGAUUUUUAGAGGAAAAGUUGCGGUUUUAAAACAGAGAGUGAUAAAUGUCGAUAAAUGAAUUUGUAUGAUAGCACGUACGUUAAAUCGUGCAAUCGAUUCAAAUGAUAAAAUUUUAUUUGCAUACCUAUAGUUUGUAAUUAAGGUCACGCUUUAAUUCUUGCCUAGAAUUAAAUGCUAAGUUUAAAAAAGAUCCUACUUGAUAGACUUAUAGUUUUACACAACAAAACAGUGUCUUUUCUUGUUAGUUAUGCCUUAAGACUUUUAUACUCAACUAUGUAAAAAGGUGUAAGUUACAUUAUAUUAAGGGGGAAAUUAUCAGUUCAUCAAAAUAUUUUGCAUCGAAUUUAAUUUUGCGGAAAACUAUUAGUCGUUAUUUUUGCUAAAUGUAUUGUUGGACAUAUGUUUUGAUUGCCAAAGUGUUGUAAUAACGUUUCGCCGAAACGCAAAAUAUUUUUUUUAUUAGACCAAAUCUCUUUUUACCUAUUUAAACGAAAAUAUUCAUAUUGAUAAUCGGUCAAAUCAGACUGUAGCGAAACGUUAAGCAGAGGAGAAAAUUAUAAUCUAAACAUUUUUGGGAAAAAAUAAAUUCGGUCAAACAUUUUUCAGCCUUAUGAUACAUAGGUGUCCAUAGUAAAAAAAUAUAUAUUUUUAAAAUCAGUAAUUAUUCUCUCCAUAGAAACGUAUUAUUUUUUUAAAAGCCUUUAUUUUGUGGACAGUGGUUUUUUUGCGCUUUCUGUUUAAGUGUAGAUAUUUUUAAUUUCUCUUAAUGAAUGAUAAAUUUAAGUAUUUCGUUAUUUUCUAAGUAAAUGUACUAAAUACCAAAGAUAAGUUUAUAUUAAACAUAUUAACAAUUACUUUUUAUAAAUUAUUCUUAGGCGUCGACGAUCAAAAGUGAUGCCACUUCGACAAAAAAAAGCGUUCCAUAUUAUGUUUUAAUUAAAUUUAGACCUUAACGUUUAACGCUAAGUGUUGAAAGUGCUUUGUAAAGGAACAUCAUGCUGAGUGAAUGAAUUUUCCUAUUUUUCUUUCGUUCGACUUGACGUCAACGUAACAGUGCACUUCUAGGGAUUACUUAGUGUAUUGUUAAAAAAGAAACUUAAUUUGUCCAGAAUUAGCUGUGUAUUGAACAAAUGUUGCCUCGCCUGAAUUAAAAACAUUGUAAAAAUAUUAUAUCUAAUUUUAGUUUAGUAAUUUUGCACUUUUGAAAUGAGAUUUCUGUGUCACCUAGUUUUAUCUUUUAGAAAUGUAUUAUUUUGUACCAGAUAUUAUAAAUUAAUAACUUGAUAAAAAUAAGAUGUUUUAUUGCA